UACAGACACCAACACAACCCCACAAUCCUCGAGAGAGAGAGAGAGAGAGAGAGAGAGAGGAGUUAAAAUUGUGUCACUCACUCACCCUCCUUUUCACCUCUCUCUGCUUGCUUCUUGAUAUAAAGAGAUCGAGGGAGACACCCAUUUCUUCACAAAUAUUCACCGUAGAGGAGAGCGAGAGAGGGAGAGAGAGAGAGAGCCAGAGAAAAUGAAUGUCCUAGUCGCAUCAGAAUGCAGUAGUGGGUGUGAGUCCGGUUGGACUCUCUACUUCGAGCACUCUGUCAACCCCUCUCGCAGAGACGCUGCCUCUCGGUUCCUUGAUGAGAGAGAUAACGAUGAGCUAUGUGACGAGGGCAGAGGCAAGGGCACUGAAGACGAUGAGGAGGAGGGCUUGUCCAUGGUGUCUGAUGCAUCCUCUGGACCCCCAGUCCACUUUCUUGAAGAUAUGCAUGACCAACAAGGCCACUUCAACAAUGGAAGUGACCAUGACCAAUGUGUCCGUACCACCGUAAAAGCUCCCAAGCAGAGUGGGAAGAGACAGAGAACGAGGGAACAACAUCCAUGGCACAACAAGAUGAAUCAGGACUUGCCUUCUUUGCUCGAUGACACUGCAAGCUCUCCCAUCAUCAACUUCUUCCCCACGAAAGACUUGAUUCUUAGCCAAAGCCCAGGUUCAAUGGAGAGUGUCUUGGAAUUUUCUGAGGGAAGAUCUGCAUUUCACGACCGGUUUGGCUUCAUGCAGUCUUCUCACUCUGGGAAACAGAAUAACCAGUGGUUCGGAAGGAAUGACAUGAAGUUGAGAUAGAGUGACAAGCUUGAAUCUGUUGCAGAUUGUUGCUGCUACAGUGUUGGACUCUUGGCAUGCUCUAGGUCUAGGAGACAUGUCUGAAAUAGGAGGGUUGUCAAUGUGUUGAAAAGGAGGGAAGAGAGAAAGAAAGUAAAAGAAAAGAGGAUGUUUGGAUCUCAAAGAGAUCUUUUUACUCUUUAUUAUCUCCCUUUCCUUUUAUCUGUUUAGCAGGCACAAACCCAAGAGGAAAUUUGGAAAUAAGAUUCAAUUUUCUUGCA